AUGCCAUGCUCCCUUCUAAUGGUAUUAAAUGCUGUAAAGAUGCACUCCAUCAAAGGAUUUGAUAAACUUCAGUGUUUGAUGCCUCAAAGAACAGGAAGUAUAAUGUAUGCCCUUCAACCAACAAAGAAUAAAACUAGAUACUAUAUAGUGAUUGAUAUGAGUGCAGAUCAUGGUCAGAAAAUUAUAACUGUUUCAUCACCACUACAGAUUCAGAAUCAUUUACCACGACCUGUUCAUAUAAUGUGUCAGAAAUCCAUUUUAGAAGCUGUUGGAGCAGUGCCAGAUGAUUAUUCUAAAAAUCCAUUUCAUGAAACAUUUAUUCGUUUGACUACACUGGAAAAUAAUGAAAUAUAUAAUGUGCCUUUAUUAGUUGCCUAUCAUUGUAAAUUAUUUUUACAACCUGCAUCAACAUCUUUGGAUAUAAAUAAUCACGAUGUCAGUAAUGAAGGUUUGUGGUGGCAAGAUGUGACAGUUUCACAGAAAAAUAUAAAGUACCUUAUUUGUAAUAACAAGGAAUUUAACAAUGUUUUUUGCAUAAAGGUAGUAUGCACUGAGAAUAAAAAUGCAAGAAGUCCUGCAACUGGUUCAAAAUUAGUUCCUAAUUAUACUCUUCAUUUGUAUUCUCCAGUAAACAUUCAUAAUUCUCUUCCAUAUGUAUUAAAUAUUACAUUUAAGAAUGAUAAGCAAGUCAAACUUGGUCAAGGUGAGUCAGUGCCUGUUUUGGAUAUAGAACCUCAUAAACUUCAAGAAGUAAAACUUGAGGUUUCACAGUAUUUUGGAAUUCCAUGGACUGGUUCUUUGGAAUUAACAGCAAAUAUGGAAGAACAUCGUACUAUAGUUAUGGAACCAGAAUCUGAUACUGAAGGUGGAAACAAACAACUUAGUCUUAGUGUUCAUCUUCAAGAUGAAUAUAGUCUGGACGUUUAUUUAUUUGCACCAUACUGGAUUGUGAAUAAAACAAAUCUGCCUCUUCAGUUUAGAGGUUCAUCAUCUGAUGUGCUUUAUGAAACAUAUGCUACUAGUGAAGAACCACUUUUAUUUCGUUUUAAAAAACACAAAAAGAAAAAAGCAAAAGUAAGAGUUUAUAAUUCUCGUUGGUCUCAAGCCAUAUCUUUUGAUACUAUUGGUAAUAGUGGAGUAUUAGUAUGUGUAGAUAAAGAAAGAAAUAAAAAAUACACAUUCUUUUUGGAAAUCCGGUUAUCUCAGUUACAAUUGGCAAAAAUUAUAAUUAUUUUUCCCUAUUUUGUAGUAAUUAAUAAAACAAAGCGUCAUUUACGUUAUAUGGAAGAAAACGAACAAGCAGAUCUAUGGUUUGAUAUUGCUCCAAAUCAGGAGUUCGAGGUGCUCCCGUUCUGUUUUCGAGUAAAGUACGAUGUCGUCCUGGAAGACGUAACAUCCGUUUCCGAUUAUGUCAGACAAGAUGGUGUUCAUGACCUUUUGGAAAUAGCGCCCGCUAUUUUUCCCUCCUUGCGGCAUACGGCAGAAUCACAAAGUCAAGUAACAUUAUUAAGUCCAUAUCAGUCUGUUCUUUAUACAUGGGAUGAUCCAAGUUUAGAACAAACAUUAAUAUGGAAUCUCUAUAACAGAAAAAAACCAGGUUUUCCAGCACAAAUUGCUAGAGAUGGACAUGGCAAUGAAACAUUAACUGUACAUUCAUUGAAACAAAAUGCAAGUAUUCAGAAAUGUAAAUCACCAGCAGAAACAAGCAGUACUGAUGAUGAUGAUAGUGAGUCAGAAGAAACUGCACUUUUACCUCAAAAAACAAGAAAAGAUAAAGUUAUUGUUUAUUGGGUCUCUUAUCUUGAUGAUCAUCAAAGAGUUUUGCUUUUUACUCAGGAUGAAAGAGUAUCAAAACAAGUUGCAAAGGCAAUUGAUGGAGAGAAUGCAAAUUUUGAGUGCUUUCUUUCAUUGAAUGGAAUUAGUUUAUCACUAAUAAAUGGAGCAUAUAAAGAAAUAGCAUAUUUGGGUAUUAAAGGUGCACCUGCCAUGUGGGAAAUAGAAAUUAAUCACACAUGGAAACUUUUGACUUUAGAAUUAUCAACUUGGUUGGAAGAUAAAUGGAGAGGUGAAAAACAAAAGGCAGAACUAAAAGAUUAUUUACAGGUUGAUUUUAUCAAAAUGCACAUGACAAAACCAUGCUUUGGACAAUUACGUCGUACUUAUACUCCUUCCUUAUGGUGCCAUUUUAGGAAAUCCACUCAUCAGUCAUAUGUUUAUGCAAAAAUUCAUCGAUUUCAGAUUGACAAUCAGUUACCAGAUGCCAUUUUUCCUACAGUGCUUUAUCCUGUGCCUCCACCUCAAGCUCUUGUAAGGCGCAAUGGGCCAAAACCAUUUAUUGAAAUGGCUUUGUUAACUCAUAAAUCUCGUAAUCUAAAUUUGAAUACAAUAAAAUAUUUUAAAGUACUGAUUCAAGAACUAAACAUAAGGAUAGAUAAAGGUUUUUUGCUAUCUGUGUAUGAUAUUUUUUCAAGUUUACAAACUCCAAAAGAAGAGAUCCAUUUCAGUUUUAGUCCAAGAGGUAUUGUACACAAAACAAAACCAGAUCCAUGGUCUUUACAGCAAGAUGUUGUUGAUUUUUUCUUUAAUUCAAUUGGUGCUACUUUGACUGAAGUUAAAGAUGUAGAAUUGAGGAUGGCCUUCUAUGAAAAGAGAGGAAAAGUUGUUACUCCUGUUGAAUUAUUAAUGGAUGUGAAAAGCCAUUACAUUAAUCAAAUAAUUCAGCAAGCAUAUGUUUUAAUAUUAGGACUAGAUAUAUUAGGGAAUCCUUUUGGUCUAAUAAAAGAUUUUACUCAAGGAUUAGGAGAUUUUUUUUAUGAACCUUUUCUGGGAUCAAUUCAAGGUCCUGAAGAAUUUACAGAGGGUAUUGUUAAAGGAGUACAAAGCUUAUUAGGACAUGUGAUUGGAGGAACUGCAGGAUCAAUUUCUUUAAUCACUGGAUCAUUAGGUCAAAUAUUUUCCUUUUUUUCAAUGGAUGAAGAUUAUAGAAAAAAACGUCGUUUAAGAAUUCAACAACAUCCUUCUAGUCUUCCAGAAACUUUGCUUAUUGCUGGUAAAGGAUUUGUUCUAGGAGUUGCUUUAGGUCUUUCUGGUGUUAUUGUUAAACCGAUUGUAGGGGCACAACAAGAAGGUGUAGAAGGUUUUUUUAAAGGAAUUGGGAAAGGAAUAAUGGGAUUAAUAACCAAACCUGCUGGAGGUGUAAUAGAUAUGGUUAGCAUGGCUUUUGAUGGCAUAAAAAGAGCUGCAGAAAUGGGUGAAGAUAUUAUUGUGAGGCAAAGAUUACCAAGGUUCAUCAAUCCUACUUUAGGUUUAAAGCCGUAUUCGCCAUAUCAGGCUACAGGGUACAGACUUCUGUUCUUUUUAAGCAAAGGUCACUAUGCAGAAAGUGAUAUAUAUUGGGCUCAUGCACCUUUGAGCAAAGAAGAAAGAUGUGAUAUUGCUUUAGUAACAGAUAAGUAAGUGUUGGUGUAUAAAUGGUACAUAAAAAGAAACAAAAUAGUUAUUAUUUUUAUUCAUCUUAGCUGUGAACUAUUGGGUGGAUGCAAAAGUUUCUGGAGUUUUAUAGUACAACAUUUAUAUAAAAAACAAAAAAUAAGUUGUUUUGACUUGAAGAAUGAAGUGCAAUUAAGUUUUAUUCAGCAGGAAUUGGUGAUUUGUCCAAUUGACAGAAGAUGCUUGAAUGUAAUGGCAAUUUUCAUCUCGCUAUCAGUGAACUGCUUUCCACCCAAGAGGUGUUUCAUGAAGCAGAAGAGAUGGUAAUCAGAUGAUGCAUUGUUCGUCAACCUUAUAUAUAAAGCUUGCAUUGUCAUGAAGAAAACACACAAUGUUCACCUGUGGACUGGGCACAACCUGGGAAAGUCACUUCGGGAUGAGACUUGGUAUGUAGGUAGUACUCCUUUAGGGUGUUCAACCCUCAAAACAAGAAAGUGCAAUGGCCAGCCAAUUUUG